CGGGGGCGGGACCGGGGCCCGGCGGGGCGUGCCCGAGGGGAGGGACUCCCGGGCUGGCUGCCCGGCGUUGUCCGCGGCGCUCAGCGCCCGCCGAGGCGCGUGGGGCCGGCACGCCAUGGGGAACCGCAGCGCCGCGGACGCGGGCGGGCUGCUGGCGGGGCCGGGCGCGGCGGCGCUGGUGGGGGGCGUGCUGCUCAUCGGCGCGGUGCUCGCGGGGAACUCGCUCGUGUGCGUGAGCGUGGCCACCGAGCGCGCCCUGCAGACGCCCACCAACUCCUUCAUCGUGAGCCUGGCGGCCGCCGACCUCCUGCUCGCCCUCCUGGUGCUGCCGCUCUUCGUCUACUCUGAGGUCCAGGGCGGCGCGUGGCUGCUGAGCCCCCGCCUGUGCGACGCUCUCAUGGCCAUGGACGUCAUGCUGUGCACCGCUUCCAUCUUCAACCUGUGCGCCAUCAGCGUGGACAGGUUCGUGGCCGUGGCCGUGCCGCUGCGCUACAACCGCCAGGGCGGGAGCCGCCGGCAGCUGCUGCUCAUCGGCGCCACGUGGCUGCUGUCCGCGGCGGUGGCGGCGCCCGUGCUGUGCGGCCUCAACGACGUGCGCGGCCGCGACCCCGCCGUGUGCCGCCUGGAGGAUCGCGACUACGUGGUCUACUCGUCCGUGUGCUCCUUCUUCCUGCCCUGCCCGCUCAUGCUGCUGCUCUACUGGGCCACGUUCCGCGGCCUGCGGCGCUGGGAGGUGGCCCGUCGCGCCAAGCUGCACCGCCGCGCGCCCCGCCGGCCCAGCGGCCCCGGCCCGCCUUACCCCGCCCCCGGCCUCCCCGAGGACCCCUGCGGCCCCGACUGCGCGCCCCCCGCCCCCGGCCUCCCCCAGGGCCCCUGCGGCCCCGACUGCGCGCCCCCCGCCCCCGGCCUCCCCCAGGGCUCCUGCGGCCCCGACUGCGCGCCCCCCGCCCCCGGCCUCCCCCAGGGCUCCUGCGGCCCCGACUGCGCGCCCCCCGCCCCCGGCCUCCCCCAGGACCCGUGCGGCCCCACCUAUGCGCCCUAUGACACCGUCCAAGCCACCGCGCUCCCACCCCAGACCCCGCCGCAGACCCGCAGGAGGAGGCGUGCCAAGAUCACCGGCCGGGAGCGCAAGGCCAUGAGGGUCCUGCCGGUGGUGGUCGGGGCCUUCCUGCUGUGCUGGACGCCCUUCUUCGUGGUGCACAUCACGCAGGCGCUGUGUCCCGCCUGCUCCGUGCCCCCACGGCUGGUCAGCGCCGUCACCUGGCUGGGCUACGUCAACAGCGCCCUCAACCCCGUCAUCUACACCGUCUUCAACGCCGAGUUCCGCAAUGUCUUCCGCAAGGCCCUGCACGCCUGCUGCUGGGCGCCACGCCCCAGGGACCAAGGAGAUGGGAGGGCGGUUUUGUACGUUAAUUAAACAAAUUCCUUCCCAAA